AUGAGACCCAGCGGCGGCGCAACGGCCAUCAGUAUCACGCCGACGUUCAAGGCCCAAUUCUUCGAUGAAGUCUUUAACAGGUGGACAUCGGCAUAUGACUUCAUCCCCUUGCCUGCCCUGGCCGACAAGAAGAAGGAACAGUUGUCUGUUCCGGUCGGAAAGCUCAACGGCCACCUCCCCAUUACCCCCAUGAAGCGAAAGAAGGGGCACGCCGAGCAGCUGAACCCAGCUCGUGCGCGGGGCGCCACGGCGUUCCUGAACGUUCACCUUGACGCCGGAACGUACGAUGUUAGUUUUCUCUGGCGCGAUGGCAACUUUUCCACCAUCAACCGGAAGUACGUCGACCUGGACGAAGGCCUGACGAUGAAGAUGGCAAUCCGACGAGCCAUCCUUAACUACGACCAAUGCGAGGCCGCACGAAUCGAGCAGUUCAACAAGGCCCUGAUCAUCGCCCUAGCACGCCUCCGGAUCCUCGCAUUCUCCAAGACAGGGACGCAGGCAGUCCCCUUGGUGGACGAUGCGCACCGAGCCAACGGCUGGAUCAAGGUGGUCGAGCUGGCCUCGGACCUCCUGCUGCAAAUCUCCGCCGAUCUUGGGGAGAUUGGUAGAGACUGCGUGAGACUCCGGGUUGGCCAACUCCCAGUCAACUGUGGUCGAGAGAGCAGUAGGAUGGCAACGAUACCUGCUUGCUUAGGGGAUGUUUACGGGUCUAUCUACCUAAAUGGGGUCAGAAAAGCCUAA